CACACACACACACACGUAUACACGUACAUGCGAAAAGUCGUGGGCCGAAUCACGCGUCCCACGUCACAUCAAAGUGAUCAACGUGCGUCGCGCUGACUACCUGCGGAAUUCCGCGCGCCGAUAUAGCGCCGCUGCGCCUGCGGUUUGUGAGGAGUUACACGGUCUCUGUUGUGUUGUUUGCACACGUGUGAGGAGCGGAGAGCGAGAGAAAAGGACGGAAAGAAGAGAAGAGAGAGAGAGAGAGAGAGAGAGAGAGAGAGAGAGAGAGAGAGAGAGGGAGAGAGAGAGGGUACGAGACAGUUAGGAAGAAUCGCGCCGUACGAGGAGACAAUGAUGACACGAUGAGGGAGAAGUACGUGGUCACCGGUAGUCAUCGCCCCGCCAACGAUCCUGAGGAUACCGGCUCCUAGUGUCCCGACGUUGGACGCAUGCGUACGCGCUACGUGGCUGCGUUUCAUCGCUUUGCGAUUCGUCCCGCGCGUGUUACAGCCACUUGGACAACUUGGCGACCGCGACAUCGUCCGCGAGAGCAUUCCCCGGGACCACCGGGCUUCCGUAGCACGCGGCGACGAUGGUGUCACGUCGAGAGCGCGGGUUCGCGGCUGUUCCCGAGUCCAGAGUCCUGAGUCUGGCUUGUGCCUUCGAACGGUUACUGACCCUUGAGACUGGAGCGUCUUUUGGUACCGGCCAUCAGCCUACGUUAUCAGCCUUGGCUCCUCGUUCAUCUUCAUCUCCUCGGCCAGCCUCGUCCUCCGUGUGAGCGCGUCUUCGCCGCCUUCGCUGUGGAUACGUUCCAUCGACUCCAUCGGCUUGACGAAGACUCCGUUCGCCGAUACUCGUGAAAAGCCCGGGAAAGUGCGAGUCGAAGUGAUCCGCUCGGGAGGAAAUCGUCGGACAGGAAGGUGGAGGCGACGCUCUUUCCGCCGAGAACGGACGGGGGUCUCGCGUAGCGCAGGAGAACGGCAGGGCGCAAGGUUAGCGAGGCAACGGCAGAGGCAGAAGUUGAGAAAGGGAGAACCACCUUCGCGAUACGUGCGUGGCCGUGUGCGUGCGUGCAUGGAAGAGGAAGGACCACGCAGGACCACGAGGACGCGGCACGAGAGAGCACGGGGCGGAGCAAGGUGGCGGCUCCGCUAACGACGCCAGCGGCGGAAGAAAAAUGUCGCAUUAUUCUCUACGCUGGAACAAUCAUCAGAACCAUAUACUACAGGCCUUCGAGGCGCUGCUGCAAUCGGAGGUGCUCGUCGACGUGACCCUGGUGUGUGCCGAGAGCAGCCUCAGGGCGCACAAGGUCGUCCUCAGUGCCUGCAGUCCCUUCUUCGAGAGAAUAUUCUCGGAGCACCCGUGCAAGCACCCAGUGAUCGUGCUGAAGGACUUCACCGGUCACGACGUGGCUGCUCUGAUCGACUUCAUGUACCGCGGCGAGGUGCGGGUCGGUCACGAGGAGCUGCCGGGACUGAUCAGGGCCGCGGAGAGUCUGCAGGUACGGGGACUGUCGGAGCCUGUAGCGAUACCGACGGAUCCCAUCCUGACAUCGGUGGAUCCCAGGAUGACCUCGCCGCCGGAGACACCGAGUCUCUUGGGCGAGCCGCCGACGCCGGAGGGCGCUCGGCAGGACAGCCCUGAAGAGGACGACAACGCCUCGGAGAACAUGCCGUUGCCGUCGGCGAAGGAGCUCGCGGCGGCGGCGGCGGCGGCGGCGGCCGCGGCGACGACGACGACGACGACGAUACCUAACCCAACGUUCCAUUCAUCGAGGGACCAUCAUCGCGACGGUAGAAUGCCGCUCAAGCUGAGCUUCCAAAUACGCGAGACGCAAUAUCCGAUACGCGAGAUGUGCAGCUCACCGCUGCCGCGUCGGAAACAGGCGCGGCCGCGCCGGCGGUCCGGGGAACUGGUGCAGACGGUGCCGCAGGAUCUCAGCAGGAACCACACGCUGGCCAAUUCGAGCCUGUCGCCGAGUUGCCUUAACCUCAGCGCUAGUCAGCACCAGAUUCAGCAAGAGCAGCAGCAGCAGCAGCAGCAGCAGCAGCAGCAGCCUCCCCUGGAGCCUCAGUUCCACCAGCAACAAUCCUCCAGAGACGCGCAGAAUCAACAACAGCAACAACACCGUCAGCACCAACAGCAGCAACAGCAGCAGCAGCAGCAGCACCAGCACCAGCAGCAGCAACACCAAGAAGACAUCGCAGAGAAUCUAUCGAUGAAGAGGUCCGCGUCGCCGAACGGGCUGGACCGGCACCGAAAGACCAUGAAGACGGAGGGCAGCGAGACAGCGAGCAGUCCCCGCUGCUCGCCGCUCACCGGCUCGAAUCUCUUGCACCCGGACGGGCCGAUUCAAGACGUCUCCACCGCGGCAGCGGUGGUGGCAGCGGCCGCUUCGGUGGCAGGCCUGCCGCCGAUGUCGACGCUGUCGCUGACGUCGCCGCACCAUCACAACGAGUACCUGACUAGCCUGACGAGCCUCGGCCAACUGGCGGCUCAAUGGCUACCCGGACAUCCGCAGGGUCAGAUACCGCACGCGCCACCGCCGCCGCAGAGUCACCUCGCGCGAGAGGGCAGCCCGCACGUGUCGGUGAGGAGUCACCCGUACCAGCAGCAGCAGCAACAGCAGCAGCAGCAACGCCAGGAGUCGCCGUUGCCGCCGCGGCGAAGUUCCGUCGCGGCGAUAUUCCCAUCGCUGGACGGCGUGCCGGGCCUCGGCUCCGGCCUCUUCCCGCACGCCGGCAGCAUCGACAGGAGCAGCGUACUCGCGGACAUCCACGACUUCAAGCAGGAGGCGCUGCACGGCCUCUUCAGCGCCGGCGGCCUGGGCGCUCAUCACUCGCCGCUCACUAACAAGAAGCCGAAGAAGUACCGGGGCAACGGCGACGCGCCGCGUCGAUGGAGCGAUCCGACCGCCCGAGGUUUGCCGAUGGACAGGCCGAAGGGUCAGCACAGCGCGCCGCGAGGUGGGCCGCCCAGGUCUUGGACGAACGCCGAGCUGACCGAGGCGCUGCAGCAGGUCUGGAACAAGAAGAUGACAACGUCGCAGGCCAGCCGGAUUUUCGGCAUACCGUACAACAGCCUGCUUAUGUACGUGCGCGGCAAGUACGGCAAGAGCCUGAAGCUCGAACAACUGCGGAGGGACUGCACCGGCUCCGCCAGCAACUCCGACUACAUGAACGCGGUCAACAACAACGUCAAGGCCGUCCAACAGACCGCGCAGCUCAGUCACAGCCUGACCGCGCUGCCACCGUCGCACCCGGCGGACGACGGCGGCCCUUUCCACCCGCAUCACGCCUUGUUGGGCAACCUGUCGCAGGGUUUCUACACCGACUUCACCACCGGGCCUUUCCCGAUGCCGGUCAACAUGGUGCAUCUGUUGACGCCGAGCGAGCAGAAGGGCUUCGAGUCGUCCGGGAACCCGGGCGUCGGCAGUGGAAGCGGCAGCGGCGGCGGCGGCGGCGGCGGCGGCAACGGCAGCAGCGGCAGCGGUAACAGCGGCGACAUCGCGACCUCGCAGAGCAGCCGGACGCCGUCGCCGUUGCAGGACGACGAGCAGCAGCAGCAGCAGCAACAGCAGCAGCAGCAUCAUCAUCAUCAUCAUCAUCAUCAUCAUCACCACGAGUCGUCGCAAUCGCAGUCGGCGCCCUCGUCGUUGCAGCACAACGGCUCCGACUAGGACUGGCCGGACGCGUUUCGGACCGGUACGUUCGUUUACGCGCGAUCAUUGCUCGCGUCAUUCUCCUCGCCCGGAUGAUGGCGAUGAUGGACGUGCGCGGAUGAUGACGACGGGCCGAUCAGCCGGAAUGUACACUUGCGAGACGCGAGUACCGUACUCAUGCACACACACGCACACGUACACGCGCAUACGCGCGCAUACACGACACACGCUCCGUACCCACCCCCUCCGGCCCCUCCCCAAUCGUCGAUCGUCGUCGAGUCAACACCCUCGUCGUGGCUACGCAGGUUGCACGAGUCGGAGAGUUAACACGCGCGCCUGCCCGAUCCCCCCCGGUUCAGCCACUACUUCUUCAUCCUUCCUUCACAAGACUGACUUUUACCAAGCGACUAACAGCUCCGCCGGAGCGCACCCUCGGCGGAGGACACUUUUGCGCCCGGCUCGGCGCGUCCGCGCCCGCGAACGCCACUGUGGCGGCCUGCGAGAGCGACGGUCUCCUCUCUCACAUCGGGAAAGAACGAUCGGACGCCGGCGUUUCACCGGCUGAAUUCCUCGCGCGACGAUACGCGCUCCUUCAUUUCGUCAUCAACAAUUCCCCCUCAGCUUGGACCCGGAGAGACUCCGCGAGGGGCGCCAAGCUGCCUGAAAGCGGUUCCCACGUGGGAGAACGUGAGCGGCGAAACUGAAAUUCGUUGGACGAUUCGCUCGAUCAUGUUCGGCGAGGUUCUUCGCAUCAGCACGUAAGAAUAUCUAGACGGAGCACUUUACUGUUCAUUCAGGCGAGGGAGUGUGCUAGUUUACGGUGAGGGGACAGUUUACGGUAUUUCGGGUCACUCGGCUCGACCCGCCAAAAGCACGACUUUGUACUUUGUGUACAUCUUGCGACGCAUCGACAACAUACGAUGUGCAUCGACGUGGUAAAUCCUUUAAAGAUUCUGCUCCAGUUGCUUGCGAACGGUUCCAACGCGUCAAUUGCUAUAGAUAACAAAAAAUAAUAACAAAGCCGAAUAUAUCCGCAAAAGCCCAAAAUACCGUAACUCUCCGCUAAUUCAACCUUUCUCGCCAAUCUCUCAUAAUCGAAAUCCUCGAUUGGUCGAUUCGUUCACAGACUUCGGUCUCCUUGCUUGCGUUUCUUCGUGUACUCAGCUAGACGCGAACGAACAUUUUCCUCCCCGUCUUCUUCUUCUUCUUCUUCUUCUUCUUCUUCUUCUUCUUCUGAAGAAGAAGAAGAAGAAGAAGAACAGGGAAGAAGGAGACGCGGAUGGAGACGGUCCUCUUCACCAAAUGACUUUGCCUUCUUUUUUACCUGUCGCUGAGAAACAUCCGUAUCGCCGACGGCACGUGCCGACCCCCGUGGACAACCCCUCUUCGCACCCCUUUGGUCUAGCGAGGCAAGUCCCUUCCUCAGUUAUUCGAACUAGAGAAAUAUUCGCGCGAAGUCAAGAUAAAAAUUAUUCGUUCCAUCAAACUCUUACUUCUAAUUUGCAGCCCUUAAUACUCCAAUACCAGCCUGACACGGGCUUUACCCCCUCUAGACAGAACAGCUCGAGCGUUUCUUGGACCUGCCUCGCUAGAUCGCAAUUGACCACUGAAUCGCAAGAUGAAGAGUCGUCCGCGGGUGCGUACGCGGGCAGCUCGCGCUCGCGUCGAUCGCUCAUCAUCGUCGACCUGUUCGUCCUGUUUCCGCCAUCUGCGUUUCGUUACGGCCACAGCGCAGUUUCGCGAAUCCUCCCGUCGGCCCGGUUGGGCCGAACAUGCUCGCGAGAUUCGGAGGCCGGAUCUCCUCGUUCGGGAGUUGCGCGCCCGACCGUCUCUCGUUCGUCGACGGUGCUUUCCAGGACGUCUGCCGCACGGUAGAAUCGCAGGAUCCUAACGCGACCACUCGGCGCCGACGCGGCGACUGUCCGAGGGUUGUCUUGCGCGCGCGAUCGAGUCUCCGCGGUAUGCGAAAUCCUCGAGUGCGUGUUCCACCCGCGAGCCGUGACGUCGUCCGCGAGACAUCCGGCCGGUACCGAGCCUUCCUGCUCGCCGUUCGCGUGGCCGUUCACGUGCGCGUUCCUCCUCCGUCGGGGCGCGGAAAUCGCGGCGAAGUCGCGGAGAUUGUCGGAUUCUCCCGCGCGAAACGGCACGACGGCGAGCACCCGCCGCCGGCGCGGCGCCGGGAAAGCGCCGAUACCGAAGUCAUUCACAGACGCUGAAAUAGUUCCUGCCGCAAGAGAGCGACUCGUACACCAAGUAGUGCUGCGAAUUACCGGAAGCAAAACUGUGCGGCCAGCAGCCGUGUUCCGGACGCGUGGCGAACGGCAGAUACGCCUCUCUGACUCUCAGAGCUGCAGAAGGAGGGUCACGCUCGUCCAGGAAAAUCGGCAUCUUGGAAUUAGGGAGGCAUAUUUAGCGAUGGCCUGCGACUCGUCCGGAAUACAGCAUCGGUGGUCUCAUCCUGAUCGCAUGUGCGACAGUUAAGUCCGCCCUUCCAGUUCCUCGUGUGAGGGGGGGGGGGGAGGGUAAGAAACUUGCGCUUGGAGACAAAGGAUUGGUGGAGUGAGCGUGACAAUGACCGCAACGAACGCGACGAAGAGGGGAAUUUCCGACUCUUCCGAGCGAAUUUCCUGCACAGGAACCAAGUUGGUUGUUGCGUCAACUCGACUGGUCUUCUUUCUCGGCGUCGAGUCGAAGGGGCACACUUCACCGUCGCAGACGCGCCCAGCGUCCAGAAGAGAGCUCCAGUGUUGUGAUACGGCGGGCUCGACGUCUCCGGCGAACCUGCCAUGUCGGACGUCGCGGACGAAGGGUCCAGCACGACGCGAGACUUUCGUGUGCUCUCUGACCCUCGCAGCGACGUGCACUCGGUUUCAGUGUGAGCAGUUUUUGGGUCGCGAUGAGAGAACUGUUUCUGAAAAAUUGCCAGGAGCCCAGUUCUCUCAUUGGACAGUCACGAGCCGCCUCCACAAGAAGUCUAAGCCGUUUUGAGGCUCACUCGAAGCUGCAGAAGUCCGGAAAAAUUCAAAAUCUCGGAAUUUCAAAGCCUCGGAAUCCUUUGCGAGUUGUGUCGAGAGAAAAUAUUCAACCUGUGCUGAGAACAAGUCUAAACGAGCUUUGACUCAGAAACCAGUUCUCCUAUUGGACGUCCAAUGCUGCUUCUUGAACCACAUCGGGAGAAAAGCGUCCAAACCUCGUCGAAGCCGUAUGUGCACUCGGUUUUAACACGGCUUGAACGCUUUCCCGCCGAUGCAGCUCGAAAUGCAGCCGCGGUCUCCAAAGAGCGGACUUGAUUUCUCGGAAUUUUACAACAAUAAGUCACCUCACGAGACAUCCGGCUGCUUCGCAAGCUGCACCCGCAGAGGAGAGCGUUCCGACUGCACUGGAACCGAGUAUAAAGAGCGUGUCGGUCAGCGUGCAGCUCAGAAGGCGCUCUAAAAUCAUGCGUCCUCUGACGACAGCCUGACGACCGUAUUCACGACAGAUAACGAGUCUGACACAAGGUGAAACAAAAGUUUUCUUUUCACUUCUCUUCCUUUAAUGGCGAUAGAUCCGGUGAGAUUAAUACACGGCGGUCCGCGCGGAGAGCUCGUUUCUGAGCGCCGCCUUUGCCACGAGAGAGAGAGAGAGAGAGAGAGAGAGAGAGAGAGAGAGAGAGAG